AUGCACCACGCUCCGCUGCACUUCGUUGUUGUUGCCCUUCCUGGAGACGACGAGACGGCGCACACAACGUUUGCUCAGCUUUCCAGUGUCGGUGCCCUUUUCCCAAAGCAUCCAUCACCACCGAGUCUCUUGCCGUGCUUCGCCGGUGCACUUCUUCGCUAUGUUCGGAGACGAAAUAUGGCCGAGCUGUUGGCUGAUGUGGAUCUGAGGAAGGCGGACGGCACCGUUCGGAAGGGCAAAGAGGCACUAGCUAGUUUUACUGUACUUUCGCGCCCCUCAUCUCUUCAAAAUUUCAAUAACGUUUUUUUCGACCGGCAAAUGCCUCUCCUGGAAAUGAUACUAUCUGUCCACUACCGAAGGCACUAUCCACAAAAUAUUUUUCAGGGCAAGAAGGUUGUGGCGUUGUAUUUCUCUGCGCACUGGUGCCCACCCUGUCGACAGUUCACUCCGAUACUCAAGGAAUUUUACGAAGAGGUGGAUGGUGAGCAGCUGGAAAUAGUCUUCGUAUCACUGGACCAUUCUGCCGAUGACUUGAAUGCGUAUGUUAAAGAAUCGCACGGCGACUGCAAGCUGAAGUCGAAGUACAAUGUGACAGGCAUACCAAUGCUGAUUGUGGUCAAACCAAAUGGCGAUAUUAUCACAAAAAAUGGUCGCGCUGAUGUUUCGGUAAAUUUACAUUGA